AUGUUCGCUGUCCGUUCUGCUUUUCGGGCUGGCGCUCGCGCCGCUGUGCCCUUCCGUACGUUCGCGACCUCGUCUUCGCGUGCUGCGAACACUCUUCUGUUCUUGGAGCACAAGAACGGUGCUAUUAACCCUGCCUCGCUCUCUGCGCUGACCGCUGCGCAGAAGCUUGGUGGUGAGAUCCAUGGCCUGGUCACUGGCCGAGCCAGUGAGGCGAAGAAGGUGGCUGAGGAAGCUGCCAAGGUCGGUGGCCUUACCAAGGUGCUGGUAAGCAGCUCGGAUGCGUUCGCCUACCCGCUGUCGGAGCCGAUCGCGCCGUUGAUUCAGUCGCUCGUGUCGAAGAACUCGUACUCGCACGUCGUGGCCGGCCACACGGCGGUGGGCCGUGAUGUGAUGCCGCGUGCGAGUGUGCUGCUGGACUCGUCGCAGAUCUCGGACAUUAUUUCGGUCGAGGGGGAGGACACGUUUGUGCGUCCGAUCUAUGCCGGUAACGCUCUGGCUACGGUCAAGACGAGCGACAAGGUGGUGGUAUUCACGGUGCGUGGCACUGCGUUUGACGCUGCCAAGGCCGAGGGCGGUAGCGCCUCGGUGGAGGAAGUUGAGGCUGGCGAGGCCCCGCAACCGACCAAGUUUGUUGAGGAGCAGGUGAGCGAGUCGUCGCGCCCUGACCUGGCCACCGCUGCGCGUGUAGUCUCGGGUGGUCGUGCGCUCAAGUCGGCGGAGGGCUUCGAAAAGUACAUUGAGCCGCUGGCUGACAAGCUCAAGGCGGCGGUGGGUGCCUCGCGUGCUGCUGUGGACGCCGGCUAUGCGGACAAUGCGCUGCAGGUCGGUCAGACUGGUAAGAUUGUCGCGCCGGAGCUGUACAUGGCCAUUGGUAUCAGUGGUGCGAUCCAGCACCUGGCUGGUAUGAAGGACAGCAAGACGAUUGUCGCGAUCAACAAGGACCCCGAGGCCCCGAUCUUCCAGGUGGCUGACUUGGGUCUGGUGGCCGAUCUGUACGAGGCUGUGCCGGAGCUUACAGAGAAGCUCUAA